AUGAUGCUCCUUGGAAGACAAAUACCUCUGGAAGCAGGGUCUCAACAGCUACCCAUGGUAGAACUUUUAAUUCCAGGGUUCGCUAUUAUUUCCAAUGCUAUCAGUCAGAUCUUUAGUGGCCAGCUUAGUGGCUGUACUCAAAUCUUAUGCCUCUUCGUGUUGGGUGCUCUCUCGAAACCAUAUCUAUUUCAAUUGAGAGAUUGGUUUCUAGAAUUCUUCCAAGAAUGGACGGUUCACAUUAGGCCUUACGAGGAAACUUACAAUAUGGUUCAGGGCUGGAUUUUAUUUCAUAAAUCAGACUGCACUGCCCGAUCCGUGCUGGUCACUAUAGGAGCAAGGCAAGAUAAUGAAGAUAAAUUCAAUACUUGCUCGAAGAAACCACUCAGCUAUCUCCCCUGGGAGGGAGUUUUCUAUUUCUGGUAUAAGAGGAACUUACUUAUUUACAGAACUACACAUACAGAUCUUGGUUUCCGUAUAGAGGAGAAAGUCUCUAUUUCAUACAUCAGCAGAUCUCCUUCUAUCUUGAAAGACUUUAUAUCAGAGUGCCACCGUCAGUAUCUGAAAACACUAAGAAACAAAACAAUAAUCUAUAGAAAUCAGGGCAAUAAUUGGAAGAUUGAUGCGACAGUUGAUACUCGACCUCUUUCAACAGUUAUUCUAAAUAAGUGCCUAAAAGAAAAAGUUGUAAGAGACCUUGCGAAGUUUCUUGACCCCGAGACUAGGCGUUGGUAUUCUGAUCGCAGGAUUCCGUACAAACGAGGAUAUUUGUUUUAUGGCCCUCCAGGGACGGGCAAAACGAGCUUCAGUAUUUCAAUUGCUGGUGAAUUGGAUAUGAAUAUUUAUAUAUUCAGUAUCCCGAAUAUAGACGAUCGAAACCUGAAAGAUUUAUUUGCUAGUCUUCCGGAAAGAUAUAUCACAUUACUGGAGGAUAUCGACGUUAUUGGAGCUGCUAGCCCUCAACACUUCAAUCCUCCUGAACCACAUAAUAACACGGCUAUUCGAUCCUCAGGAGGGGUAUCUCUCUCCAGCGUUUUAAAUACCCUUGAUGGUGUUUCAUCCCAAGUUAAUCGAAUUUUUAUUCUAACGACGAAUCAUCUUCACAAACUCGAUAAAGCGAUUAUUAGACCUGGUCGGGUUGAUAUAAAAGCCGAAUUUGAACUCGCUAGUAAGCCCAUUGCGAAGGCUAUGUUCACCUACAUGCUUGGGGGCUAUCAGAGCUAG